AUGUCUUCUCCGCGAACAGGACUGUCCUUUUCUCUUUCCACCCUGUGCCAAUUGGUUCUUUUAUUGUCGAACAGGGCUAUACUUUUCUCAUUCUUAACUUUAGUAAUUGGUUCUUUUAUUGUCGAACGAGACUGUCCUUUUCUCAUUCCACUUUUUACCAUUUGGUUCUUUCAUAGUCGAACAGGACUCUCCUUUUCUCAUUCCAAUCUGUACCAAUUUGUUCUUUUAUUGUCGAACAGGACUGUCCUUUUCUUAUUUCACUCUUUGCCAAUUAGUUCUUUAAUAGUCGCACAAGACUGUCCUUUUCUCCUUAUUCACUUUACUAAUUGGUUCUUUUAUUGUCGAACGAGACUGUCCUUUUCUUAUUCCACUCUUUGUCAUCGAACAGGACUGUCCUUUUCUCAUUCAACUCUGCGCCAAUUGGUUCUUUUAUUGUUGAACAAGACUGUCCUUUUCUCGUUCUCCACGUUACAAAUUUGUUCUUUUAUCAUCGAACGGGACUGUCCUUCUCUCAUCCUUCACUUUACUAAUUGGUUCUUUCCUUGUCGAACGGGACUGUCCUUUUCUCAUUCUUCAUUUUACGAAUUCUCCUUCUCCUUCUCCUCUUUCUACUCUUUUCUCCCUCAAGAUUACUAUCUUUCUUUUUCCCCCUCAGUAUGUAUCACUUCUUUCUUCUCUAUCUCCAUCCACUUAGCUCCUUCUCCUUCUCCUCUUUCUACUCUUUCCCCCUCAAGAUUACUAUCUUUCUUUUUCCCCCUUAUUCUUUCUUUCUUCUCCAUCUCCACCCACUUAGCUCCUUCUCCUUCUCCUCUUUCUACUCUUUUCUCCUCCAGAUUACUAUCUUUUCUUUUUCCCCUCAGUAUGUAUCACUUCUUUCUUCUCCAUCUCCACCCACUUAGCUCCUUCUCCUUCUCCUCUUUCUACUAUUUCCUCCCUCCAGAUUACUAUCUUUUUAUCUUUUUUAUUUCCCCCUCAGUAUGUAUCACUUCUUUCUUCUCCAUCUCCACCCACUUAGCAUUUCUUUAUUUCCACCUUCUCCUUCUUUCUACUAUUUCCUCCUCCAGAUUACUAUCUUUCUUUUUCCCCUCAGUAUGUAUCACUUCUUUCUUCUCCAUCUCCACCCACUUAGCUCCUUCUCCUUCUUCUCUUUCUACUCUUUCCUCCCUCCAGUUACUAUCUCCCCCCUUCAGUAUUUAUCAUUUCUUUAUUUCCACCCACUUAGCUCCUUCUCCUUCUCCUCUUUCUACUCUUUCCCCCCUCCUGAUUACUAUCUUUUUUCCCCCAGUAGUAUGUAUGACUUCUUUAUUCUCUAUCUCCACCCACUUAUCUCCUUCUCCUUCUCCUCUUUCUACUUUUCCUCCCUCCAGUUACUAUCUCCCCCCUGCACUUCUUCUCCUUCUUCUCUUUCUACUCUUUCCUCCCUCAAGAUUACUAUCUUUCUUUUUCCCCCUCAGUAUGUAUCACUUCUUUCUUCUCCAUCUCCAUCCAUUUAGCUCCUUCUCCUUCUCCUCUUUCUACUCUUUCCUCCCUCAAGAUUACUAUCUUUCUUUUUCACCCUCAGUAUGUAUCACUUCUUUCUUCCAUCUCCAUCCACUUAGCUCCUUCUCCUUCUUCUCUUUCUCUUUUCCUCCUCAAGAUUACUAUCUUUCUUUUUCCCCCUCAGUAUGUAUCACUUCUUUCUUCCAUCUCCACCCACUUAGCUCCUUCUCCUUCUCCUCUUUCUACUCUUUCCUCCCUUCAGAUUACUAUCUUUCUUUUUCCCCCUCAGUAUGUAUCACUUCUUUCUUCUCUAUCUCCAUCCACUUAGCUCCUUCUCCUUCUCCUCUUUCUACUCUUUCCCCCUCAAGAUUACUAUCUUUCUUUUCCCCCCUCAGUAUGUAUCACUUCUUUCUUCUCUAUCUCCAUCCACUUAGCUCCUUCUCCUUCUCCUCUUUCUACUUUUCCUCCCUCUCCAGAUUACUAUCUUUCUCCCCCUCACUCCUUCUCCUUCUUUCUUUCUACUUUUUCCCCCCUUUAGAUUACUAUCUUUCUUUUUCCCCCUCACUCCUUCUCCUUCUCCUCUUUCUACUCUUUCCUCCCUUUAGAUUACUAUCUUUCUUUUCCCCCCUCAGUAUGUAUCACUUCUUUCUUCUCUAUCUCCAUCCACUUAGCUCCUUCUCCUUCUCCUCUUUCUACUCUUUCCUCCCUCCAGUUACUAUCUCCCCCCCCUGCAGUAUUUAUAAUUUCUUUAUUUCCACCCACUUAGCUCCUUCUCCUCUUUCUACUCUUUCCCCCUCAAGAUUACUAUCUUUCUUUUUCCCCCUCAGUAUGUAUCACUUCUUUCUUCUCCAUCUCCACCCACUUAGCUCCUUCUCCUUCUCCUCUUUCUACUCUUUUCUCCCUCCAGAUUACUAUCUUUCUUUUUCCCCCUCACUCCUUCUCCUUCUCCUCUUUCUACUCUUUUCCCCUCCAGUUACUAUCUUUCCCCCCCCCCUAUUUAUAAUUUUUCUUUAUUUCCACCCACUUAGCUCCUUCUCCUCUCCUUUUCUACUCUUUUCCCCUCAAGAUUACUAUCUUUCUUUUCCCCUCAGUAUGUACCACUUCUUUCUUCUCCAUCUCCACCCACUUAGCUCCUUCUCCUUCUCCUCUUUCUACUCUUUUCCCCCCUUUAGAUUACUAUCUUUCUUUUUUCCCUCAGUAUGUAUCACUUCUUUCUUCUCCAUCUCCAUCCACUUAGCUCCUUCUCCUUCUCCUCUUUCUACUCUUUUCUCCCUCCAGUUACUAUCUUUCCCCCCCCAUCAUAUGUAUCACUUCUUUCUUCACCAUCUCCACCCACUUAGCUCCUUCUCCUUCUCCUCUUUCUACUUUUCCCUCCCUCCAGAUUACUAUCUUUCUUUUUCCCCCUCAGUAUGUAUCACUUCUUUCUUCUCUAUCUCCAUCCACUUAGCUCCUUCUCCUUCUCCUCUUUCUACUCAUUCCUCCCUCCAGUUACUAUCUCCCCCCCCCUCAGUAUUUAUCAUUUCUUUUAUUUCCACCCACAUUAGCUCCCUUCUCCUUCUCCUCUUUCUACUCUUUUUCUCCCUCCUGAUUACUAUCUUUCUUUUUCCCCAAUUACUAUCUUUCUUUUUCCCCCUCAGUAUGUAUCACUUCUUUCUUCUCCAUCUCCACCCACUUAGCUCCUUCUCCUUCUCCUCUUUCUACUCUUUUCUCCCUCCAGAUUACUAUCUUUCUUUUUCCCCAUCAGUAUGUAUCACUUCUUUCUUCUCUAUCUCCACUCGCUUUCUUCUUCUUUCUUUCUUAAAUUCUCUAGCUUUCUUGAUUAUUAAACCGAUCUCUCUCAUUCUCUCUCAUUCUCUCUCUCUCUCUAUCUCUCUCUCUCGCUCUUAUGCUUUUUUUUUCAUUUUUUGCCACCGCUUACAUCAUGAGCGAACAGCAUCGACAUGA